UUUCUUCCAACCCACUCGAACAAGCGGCGUUUGUCAACAACCGGUUUCACGAACUGCAUCACUCUGAGGAUGGACGUACCUGAAUCCAUGGGGAAUAACGUCCGUCCACCUGAUGUCGCUGUAGCGCGUUUGAGCGCUGUUCACAACGGGGGGAGACCCAUCUCGGCCGAGGUUGAGAAGGUCAGAGCUCUGGACUGCCGGAAAGAACGUCAGAUUGGCUAUGACAACGCGAAUUCUUGCGAUACCACGCGGCUCAUUGGAUUGUCACGGCUUCCUAUCUGCCCUCUGCGAUUUUACGGCGACUAAUCGACACACGUGCGCCUCCUGGAAAUGACGCUGUCUUACGAGUGUUUUCAUCUCCUGGAAGCGCCGCUGGCACACUCUUGGCAUGCGUCGCCGGCGCCAAUCUCGGUGCCGUCCAAGCCUAGGCGGUGAGAGCUUGCUAGCUGUGCACCGAGGCAUUGCUCCAAUGAGGCAGCAUGCAUAAAGAAUCGCUGGUUGACCUCGAGGCAGAGCAGUUUCCCUCCUGCCUUUGACCAUGUCACAAGCUGACGGACUGCAGGCUGAGAAACGAGUGGCCGAUGAAGCAACUUUCGAGCGCGAGAGGGCCAGCGGGAACAAGCUCUGGACUGUGUACAUCUCCGAGUCACAGAUCUACGAAAAGGAUCUCAUCCAUGGCUGGCGCAGCGAGAUGGAAGGUCUGCUGACUUUUGCUGGUCUUUUCUCUGGCGUCCUCACGAUAUUCAUCAUCGAAAGCUACAAGACAUUGAACCCGAACCCGACCGACCAGACCCUCAACCCGAUCUUGCACCCGUCCGCGAAUCUGAACAAUGGUGCGGCGGCGGCGGACGCACUCCCGGGAGCCGCCACCGCCUUCUCACCCCCGAUCUCCUCUCUCAUAUGCAACGCACUCUGGUUCAUCAGCCUCACACUCAGCCUAUCGUGCGCUCUCGUCGCGACGCUGAUCAAGCAGUGGGCGCAGGAGUUCCCGCACCGCGUGGUCAUGCUCUCCUCGCGCUCUGUGCUCUCGCGCGCGUCCAUGUAUCUCAACUAUGGGUUCCGACGCUUCAAUAUGCACGUCGUUGUCCGUGCUCCGCUGCUUUUCCUGCACGUGGCACUGGUCCUGUUCUUUGCGGGUCUGGUCGCAUUUCUUGUGCCUGUCAACACUAUCAUCAUGGGCACAUGCUCCGCCGUGCUUCUCCUCUUUGUCUUUGUCUAUGGGACAUUCACCGUCCUCCCCCUGUUCUAUCCCAACAUUCCAUUCCACACACCACUGACGCAGAUACUUUUGCCGCUGAAACAACAGUUGGGGACCGGACUGGCGGCUUUCAUCUGCAUGGCGUAUGCUCGAAAGAGAGUUGCUGAAGCCGACCUCGAGGCCCACGUGUUUCCGGAGACUCGUAGCGGUAACGCUGUUCUACAGAGGUCGAAACGCGCGGCACUGCAUCCCGAUGUCGAGGAAGAGACCGAGGCGCUUGCGUGGACCGUGCAGUCCCUAUCUGAUGAUCACAAGUUGCUGCCGUUCGUGCAGGGCCUCCCCGAGGCGCUGUGGGAUUUCGAUGAAAACAGGCCACGCUCAGUGUAUCAGGCCCAUUUCCAGAGUCUGUUGCAGGAUGCGGAUGUCCAUCUCGGCCAGCGUCUGGCCGAUUUCAUGGCUGGAUCUAACAGCAAUCUGCUUGACGACAAGGAGCGCAGUCGCCGCCAGCUGUCUGUGCUCCAGGCCGUGUGGGCUAUUUGCGCGUUCUCCCUUCACACGGGGUCACCUCUGCACAGUCCGAUCGGAGAUGCUGGCGUGGAUAACGCGCUGCUCGGCUCGAAGUUUCUCGAUUCUCCAGCCGUGCAGAGCAUGGUGCCUGACGUGUCCGCUCUGAUCCGUCUGAACAUGAUCGAGGCAACCCUCAUACAGCCCAGUAGUCGUAUGCGGCCCCAAGCUGAGAAGCAGCGGCAAUCGAUGCAACGGACGUAUGUGGACUAUCUGUUGGCACUUUCCAAAUGCCGCGCCAGCUUCCAGCGGGAACAGACCAGUUCACUCUUUCAUCGGUCACAAGCGCACUUGACGAGAUCGGACGGCUUCGAAAAUCUUCAAGACGCUCUCCAACUGCUGAUAGAUUCAGCGCCGGAUGAGACGGCGGACGAGACAGCGGACAAUUUCGUUUUUGCUGCUCGCCAGAUCAUCAGCGCGUUUGCCCAGACGUCGGACUAUCCAGCCAGGUGGCGGGAUCUUGAGGGUCUUGGGCCGCCGUAUUUGUCCCUGUGGCAUCUUGGGCCGUUCCUUCUUCGAUUUCCUUCCCUCGCCGUCUCUGGGUCAAAGUCCGACUCACAGCCCGGGCCGGAGCAUCAUUACACCCGAUUUCCAAGCCACACUCUGUGCCAGAACUUGGAGCUGGGAUUCGAUCCUCAGGCCAGUGUCGACGCCCUCCGGCUGAUCUACGAGUAUCUGCUCGCCACUCGUUCGCCACCAAGGGACCUCGAAACCCAUUUCCGGGUCCUCGGCACUCUGCAGACUCGGGCGGCCGGCAUCCGCACGCACCGUUUGACGGCCGUCGUCCAGUCCGUUGUGCUCAGAUGUUUCCGGGAGGAUUUGUCGAAAUCUGCGGAUUUGUCGCAAUGGGGGAAAUUGCCGGAUCUCUUCAACGAUGAGGGCUGGUUCCGCUCUGUGAUCGGCUAUGACGACGAUCAACAGACGGAGCGGGCGUCGGCACAGGAAGUUUAUGAGUGUGCAUGUGUGCAUGUUGUGACCACCUUCCUCGAGCAUAGUACCGCCCGGAGUCCGGAUCAAACGGAACGCGGCCAGGACUUGGCGACACUCAAAUCCGUUCGUCACGCAGUCGACGAGAUUUCGUCGGCGCUCCCGACCAAACUGCAACAUCGAUUUGUCGAAGCUGCGUCUGGUUUCAUCCACAAAUAUCCCAAGGACUGUCUCGCAGAAGAGGAUGGGCUUUUCCGGGUGCUUCUCUGGGCCGUGAUUGAGGGCGGCGGAUUUAUCACCAACUUGGAUGCCCUGAUGGUCCUGGACACGAGUGUGUCGGACGUUCAGACAGCCGAUCAGCAGGAAUCACACCGAGGCCAUGCUAAAUCGAUCCGCCGCCAGACACAGAAGCGGCUCCAUCCCGAGAACAUUCCUGCUGGGUCUGUCACGCUCGAUCGCGAUUCACAAAAAGCAUUCAGGGUCCCCGUCGACGGAGAAACAGCAACUGCUCCCCAGAGAGCAACACCGUUCGCACCUUCCGUCCGUGGUCACAGCCGUCCAGGACGAGCUAUCGCAGGCGCCGCCGGUGCAGUUGCACGCCGUCUGGACGAGAUUGAACUGCGCCGUGAAGAUGACGCCCGCGGGGUCGGGACGGUGAGGGCUAUCCGUGACACCGCAUGUGAAUCUCUCAAUUCGCAAUCUGUCAACGAUAACAUUCCUUUGACAUUUGCCCCUGGAGAGGCCACAGGAUUAUCGGUACAGAGAACUGCUAGUCCCAACAAAGAUGCUUCAGCCCAAUCUGAACGCGAACUUAAGUGCUGUGGGGUAGUAGACCAGCAGGCAGGACUCUCUUCCAACAUGUCCAUGCCCCGACUUCUCAAGAAGCUGAGCUCCAAGAGCCUGCACAAACAAUCCUCCUCGACGUCGAGCGCGGCAAGCAUCCCUCCUCUGCCGCCCAUCCCAGCGGCAUCUGUAGCAGCUCCCCCAGAACCACAGGACGCCCUCUCGAAGAAAUUGAACGACGCAUGGGCAUCCGCAUCUGCCGACCCAAAGGCCAACAAGGCAGACCAGAUGCUCAAAAAGGUCGAGGAAUCGGUGACUGGCGCGAUGGAUGACAGCGCACAGCCCGUCGCAUUCGUGCAGGGCGUCGAGACAGGGCUGGAUGCCGUGGGCGCGAUGCAAGUGAUCGAGAAGGGGUUGAACACGUUCAUGGAGGGGAUGCCGGUGCUGAUGAGCGCGUUGGAUGAGGUCGCGAAGCUACAUCCGUUCAUCGGAGUCGCGGUGAUGGCGUUCAAGGCGGUUUGGGCGUUGGAACAGAAGCGGAGGGACAACGACAGGAAGAUUGUCGCGUUGCAUAUGGAGAUGAAAGAUAUGAUGGGGGCUCUUCUGCAGAUGAGAAAUGUGAAGGACGCUGAUCAAGUGGCACCCGACGGGUCGACUAUCAAAGGUAGAGUGCAAGUUAUCGCCAAAGAGACCGCGGACGACAUCAAGGCCUGUGCCAAUGCAUGCGACACAUACAUCAAGAAGAAGCUGAUCGUCAAAAUUCUGAAAGGUCCAAUCUGGGACGGGAAACUGGUGGCAUUCGCAGGUACAUUCACCAAACGCCGGUCCGAAUUCGAAUUCGCGCUGUCUAUCCACACUGCAGUGGGUGUUGAUGUGGCAACUAAACUCAUCGGUGCGGUCGAUCACACGACGACGGCGAUGAACGCGAAGAUGGACAUGAUGCUGCAGCUGUUCAAGAGUUUAAUGACGCCUGAGCAGGAGGAAAUGGCUCGUAUGAUCGACAGAAGAGGCGGACAGGAUUCGGUUGUGCGCAGUGACAGAGCUCUUCAGGAGCUCAGUGUUCUCGAGGAGAAAAUCACGGGUAGCGGCGAGCCAACUCACGUCCGCAGGGCUUAUGGCCUGGACGACCUCAAAGACGAGUUGGAGUCAGAUCCACAGCUUGCCAUCGACGCGAACAAGGACGCAUUUUCUCGCAAGCUCGAUGUGCAGACUCGUCAAAUCAUUGAUGAUCUCUCCAAAGUCAUUGAGCGCGAAGGCGAUCGAGUUAUCAGUGCCAUCAAUGCCGGUCCACACGAUAGAAUAAUUGAUCCGAAUGUCUAUGCGGUCUGGAAAGACAUGGGAUGGCGGGGUAGUGUGAAGACACGCCAUUUCGUGAUGGCGCUCCGCGAUCAUUUUCAAGAGCAAGUCGGUCAAGUCAAUCGCACUGAAGCCGACAAAGCAGAUGCAUGGGCACUUGAGUACUUUAACGUGCUCUGUCUGCAGCCCAUCUCCGAAGCAUUUGAUGACGACGCUUCAGGCUUUGUCACUGUCUCAGAGGCAAACGAGUUCACCGCAUCGCGACCGUUGGGUUGGAGUCUCCCCCGAUGGAUCGCAUACUGGGCUGCUGGCCAUCACCAGACGAUUCAGACGUAUAAAGACAAGAUCAACUUGAUCACCGCGAAGCUGUACGGAAUUCUCCCGCACAUCCUGCCUGCGAACAAGUCUGCUGUGAACCAGUACUUGACGACCAUUGAAUGGAGUGUCAUGACGGUUGUCGGCUCUCUGGAUACGUGCUCUCCGCAUCUGUCACUCCAGAAAAAGUUUGAAAAUUACGUGAUUAUGGAGGAAGCAAGGCUUCGAGGUUGGAUCUGCCACUUGUCGUCUGUGGAAAAGCGACUCACUGCGUAUCGUGCAGCCAAUCUAGAAGCGAUUAGAUAUGAUAUCGACGCGGAAAGCACUCUAAAACUCAUUACGGGCAAGGGAUGUAUCGAGAAAUAUCUCUUCCCCGUAUUGUUCCUCCUACUCGAAAGGCACUUGGAGAUCUUCCGAGUAUGCCAGACUCAUGUCGUGCAUCCGGAUGAGCUGUGGGAUGCUGCUGACACUGUGAUUUACGUUUUUGACGCCGUCAAAGCCCGGUUAGACGAUCUUCAGACGAUCUUCAAGCAACAGAAACUCGAUCUUCAACAACAAUUCAAAUCCUUUUCCUUUGCUCUUUUCAGAUACCUCAACGAACCCACUCUAUUUUGGGACGAAAAGCUUGUCCAAGACAGCCAGUUUGAAGCCUACCAGUACGACGAAUCAGAGCAGUCAAAGUUGCCGGAGAUUUCUCAGAUCCUCAACUAUCCUCUUGGCGUAGAGGAGCUUGAUUUGGCGGCGUAUAGCAUUCCAGCCGCGAGAGGGCCGGGGGGAUCUGGAGUCUCGCUCGCCGGCUGCGAGAAGCUGUUCACAUCAACUUGGCACGGUUUCUUUUACCAGUCUUCAAACCCCCGAUACUCCUUGGCCGGGAUGGUCUCAUUCACUCUGCAGCCGAUAUCAUUCAACGGCGACGUUCAGUUCUUCUCAGCGUCAGAUCGUGCAAACGGAAUAGACUUCACUGUGGAAGGCGAAUGCCAUCUGUCGACGUUGAGACUCAAGUUUACGCGCUUUUUUUCAACGCGUCUGCCGCCGCACUACUAUUAUGGGACCUGGGAUCCAGACGCACAGAUCAUGUCCGGGACUCUGGGCCUUAGUGAUGACCCAGUGGACCAUAUGGCUACGUUCGUGUAUCGCCAGAUGGAUCCGCGGUAUCUCGCGCUCGCGCCAACUCCUGCCCAAUUGCAAGACGGCCGGUCACGCGCUCUGUGGAGGUUUGCCAUUGAAGCAGUCAGACAGGACGUGCAGAGAAGCCGAUGGGCAUGGUCCUACUUCAAAGGGCGUCGGGAUCAUAGACUACAGUUUGUGAAGCUGUCGAUCCGGAGUGGCGGAGGAACAACCAAUAUCCCCUACGGACCAUCUCUAACCAAGGCAGAGGUCGUCUCUUUUUCUCUUCUGAAGCAGCGGAUGACCUCUGCCGACUCGCGAUUCUAUCACUCACUCGUGGAACAAGAGUACCGUCACAUCGUCAGCCACCGGUUCAGCAUCUGUGACACCUGCCGCACCGUCAUCGGCGGCGCGCGCGUUAUCUGUCUGGAGUGUCAGACGAAGGAGAACAACAAAUGGAAUACGAUCGACCUGCACGAAGUUGAAGAAUGCAUUGCUGGACGGGUGAUGCGAGAAGACAUGGACAAACCACACUUGCCGCACCACGACCUGCUCAAAGUCCGGCAUGUGCUGCAUAGACGGCAGUUCGGAAACACGUAUCGGGCCGCGAAGGCAGCUGUUGGACAAGCGCGAGUUCUCCUGGCCAGCUCGACUCCGCCUGCUCGGUGCCGCCUGUGCAAGCAAGCCGUCGUACAACCCUGCUGGUUUUGUGUCCAGUGCCCAGAACCCAGCUUCAUCUGCUCCGGAUGCGAUGCGAAAGGCGACACGAAGUUGGACGGACAUUCGUUCUACGACCACGAUCUUGUGCGGGUGCAUGAGAAGGAAGAGGCGCCGGUGCUCACUGUCGAGGAACGCUUGUCAGAGCUCGAAACCAAGCUAUCAAUGUACCAGCAAUCUGUCGAGGAGCGUCUGCGGGGACUCGAAGGGAACAUGGGCGAGGUCACAAGCUUGUUGAAGCAACUACUCGCGGAAGUAAGAACGGGAGCGGUAUCAAAUUAUACUAUUGCCCUGGCAAAACCCCAGGACCACUCGGAAUCGUGAUGUUUAGGUCGAUCACUGGAUGAAUCCGGCUCGAAUGAGCAUUGUACGAUGUCUCCGUCAGCGACGGACCCGAAUCCUGUAUCAUUUCAUCGAUCAACCUCGCACUGCUUGGGCCAUCAAACCACCCCCUACCCCCCCUGACUGGAGGCCAUCCUGGAGGUGCCUUCCUAAUUGGUACUCUGCCUAGCCAUUCAUCCACGGCCAGCAUGGUAGGCUAGGCAUUGACCCAAGCGUUGAUAUGUGCUGUAGUAGUGAGUAUGAAGUCUCAGACAAUGUCUUAGCUCACAAGAGCUUGUAUUUCUUGCCUGAAAAUGGCAGACCACUGGGCACACAAAAUUUGG